AUGAAGCUUCCGGACUUACCAAGGUCGCGACAGCGUCCUCGGAAGCAUCACUUAUCACGACUUUCUUCGACUUCACCACGACCCACUGCUAUCACAGAUCGCAAUGUCUUCUUCUUCCAAGUCGUUAUUUGCACCCUCGUUGCCAUCAUCUUUGACGCAUUCUCAGGCGCAUCAGCUGCCACUUCGCCAUCGCCGCUCACUACAGCAGAAGGCCGCGUCGAUGACCCAAAUAUCAGCACCGCCACCUCACUCCACCCUCGAGAUCUCAUUCGACCCAGUCGAAACCACCAGCUUACAUCUCCCGGAUCCAGAUUCCGUAGCAUCCCAUCGACACGGCCAACCUCUGUGUCUGAUCUUGUUCUUGCCAGUACCGUCGUCCUCACAACAGUUGAAGGUGGUCUUUACGCAUUAGACAGAGAGUCAGGCACGCAGCUCUGGUCACUCUCACCACAUGCCAGCCACGAAUCGGACUCGCUUCUCAGACCUCUGGUCACCGCACUCUACGGCAAAGAGCAGAAGUCCUUUGCCGAGAUUGCGCAGGGUGGUCGCGCUUUCAGCUCUCCACUCACUGGCUCCUCGCCCUGGCUGGAGACCGGCGGCAUCUAUAUUGUUGAACCAUCAUCAGCAGGCGACAUCUACUUGCUCUCCACAGCGAAUGGCAAAGGUGGUUCUCCCUCUCCAGCCAACGGCGAGCCAGGCAGCGUGCAGCUUGACAAGUUGCCAUUGACGCUACCGCAACUUGUCGAGCUGAGUCCAUUCUCGUUUGCCGGAGACGACACUCGCGUAUUUGUCGGGCAAAAGCAGACCACUCUAGUUGAACUCAACAUUCAGACUGGCGAGCUCGGUGCUGUCUUUGGUGGACGCCAGGCUGGUGUCUGGUGUGGUGCUCAAGCACACGACAUGAACCCUCUGCCCGCAUCUGACAAGACCGGCAGCUUUGCUGAUCCAGAGUCGUGCAUCGAUGAUGAGCCGACUUUGUCAGGCUCUUCCUCCAAAUCCACCUCGCAGCUUGCUUACAUCGGCAGAACCGACUAUACCCUCAACAUCCAUUCGCGCAGCUCACCAGAAGCUCUGCAGACGCUCCAUUUCAGCACCUUUACACCCAACGCAGGCGACCGCGACGUACAGAUCUUGUGGACACAAACCGACCAUCCCGACCAUCGCGCCAUUCUCGGCAUGCCCGAGGAAGGCAGUGUUGUCUGCUUCAAUCUGACCGAAGCUGAUCGUCAAUCCCGCCAUGGCGCAUCAGGUGAACGAGACACGCGAGCGCUAUGGUCGACCGAGCUUCAUGCCAGUGUCGCUGGUGUCUUUGACGUCGUCUACCCAGCACCGCAUCUGCAGAACACCAAGUCGCUAAGUCGACCCAUCUUGGUGCCACAUCCUCCCAUCCUCCUGCACCGUAUCUUCCCGCAGAUCAGCGAUCAUCAAGAGUCGGCGUUUGACAACGACUACGAUACAUCUGCAUAUGGCUCCGCACCAGCGCCUCGGCGUCGAUCAGCAUAUCUUGGCAUUGCCGGUGACAGCCUUUACGCAAUGAGCUCGCAUCGAUUCCCACUGGUCGCAUUCACAUCAAAGGCUACUGCCGGGCUCAGUGACGGUUCGAGCUCUCAUUCCGCAGAUGCUUGGUCAUCCAGUCUGCCAUCCUCGCAACGAGACUGGGCACACGAGGGUCAGCGCAAGUGCGCUUCCUUUGGCUGCUGGCUCGGCAGCUACACGUUACAGGUAGACCCAACAGCCGAAGGAAGGCUGCGCGAUUCGCUUCUCGGCUCCCAUCCGACACUCGAGAUUGAUGGCAGCGGUCCACGUCUCAGCAUCGGUGAUCGACCCGCUUUCCUAUCGAGCAACGACUCCAAAGGUGUACCAGGAGACGGUUCCUCCUCCGCCUCGUCGCAACCCUCGCGCGCUUCACCAAGCUCAAAAAAGGAUUCUCCGCGAUCCCGGAGGCCAGGCAGUCGAGACACUCCCAGUGAUUCGUCGGAUGACCCUGACGACACCUUCAGUGGAUCAGCGCGGAAGCCAAAGCAGCAAGCAGCCACGCCUCCUCAAAGCUGGAAAGCACGUCUCUCACUUAUCCUACUCCAGGUCGUCGGCGUUCUCGUCAUUUCUGUGCUGGCGGGUGCCACCUACCUUGGCUUGCAGGAGCAAAGGGAAAGAGCAGAGAAACAAGCAUCAGAGAUCGCCAAGGGCGUGGUGUGGAUCCCAGUUCUCAAAGAAGAUGAGGCUGGAUUCGGAGGCGAAGCGCACGCAGAGAAAGUACGCGUCGAAGAGGAACGCCAGCUGCAACAAGUUAUCAACCUCUCCAAGAAAGACGCUGCUGCCGCUACAAGCACUUCUGCCUCCGCAUCAACUUCAGCCGCCCGGCCUCGCACCGCUAGCGCAGAUGCCAAUGAAGAUGAUGACGAUGAUGCCGAAGAUGGUGCGGACGGAUCUAACUCCAACGCCAAGAAGAAGAACAAUAACAAGCGAAGACGUCGUGGCAAGCGCGGAGGCGCUGCUGUUGCUGCAAAGGCAGCCAAAGCCAACGGCAAAGAGGCAAGUCCCGAAGCAGCGGAGAACGGUAAAGACAAGGACGAUGACGACGACGAAGCCGAGGAUGAAGCAAAGGCCAAGAUUGAGAAGACAUUGUCUCAGAACGGCGAAGCUGACGUCCUCGCUACACCGUCCCGACUUGCGAAUGGCGUCAACGGCCACAAGUCAACCAACGGAUCAGCAGAACCAAAUGGAUCCGAUAGUGGAUCGUCAAACGAGAACGAGCCUGUCACACCACGCAAACGCAGUCAGCACGUUGAAAGCAAGCCGAGCAAAGUAAACGGCCUUCGUACCUCUGUUUCAGCUCUUGGCGCCAGCGACAGCCUGCAGCGUGCGCAACAGCUCAUGUCUCCUCAGCUCCAAUCGCCUUUCCUCAACACGGGCUGGGGCGGCUUCGAGGAAGAAGAUGCUGCCUCAGUGGGCAGGGCGGCCGCACAGAUUGCUGCUACUGGAUUUAGCCACUUUGCAGGCAACACAUCCAGCAAUGGCGUCAGCACGUCCUCGCUCACUAUUUCAGACGAAGUGCUUGGCUACGGCUCUUCUGGUACCGUCGUCUUCCGUGGCACGUUCCAAGGUCGUGCUGUGGCGGUCAAGCGUCUACUGCGCGACUUUGUCCAUGUGGCAUCCAAAGAAGUUUCGCUGCUCGAAUCGGCGGACAGUCACCCGAACGUCAUCCGCUACUUCUACAAGGAGCUCACACCGAGCUUCUUGUUCAUCGCGCUCGAGCUGUGUCCAGCCAGUCUGGCAGAGGUGGUGGAAAGGCCAGCGGAUUACAGAGACUUGAGCAACUUGCUCGACCCCAAACGUGCACUGCAUCAGAUCACGUCAGGUCUGCGACAUCUUCAUUCGCUCUCUAUCGUGCAUCGUGACAUCAAGCCUCAAAACAUCCUAGUGGCCACCUCGGCGAACGGCAAGCAUCUCAAGAUGCUCCUUUCGGACUUUGGUCUCUCCAAGCGACUCGACGGUAUGGCGCAGACGAGCUUCUCCCAGACAGUCAACAAUCCUGGAGGCACUGUCGGCUGGCGUGCACCCGAAAUCUUGCGCGGUGAUAUCAAUCUCGAUGCUGGUUCCGAGUCGGAAUCGUCGAUGGGCAACAACCCGAGGCCGGGCGCUAGUCGCGAAGAGAAGUCUCGUCUCACACGAGCCGUCGACAUCUUCGCUCUGGGUUGUCUUGCUUACUAUGUGCUGUCGAAUGGUGAUCAUCCCUUCGGAUCACGAUUUGAACGAGAGAUGAACAUCAUCCGCAAGCGUGUCGAUCUUUCUCGACUCGAUGGUCUUGGUGAAGAAGGUCACGAAGCGCAAGACUUGGUGCUCAAGAUGGUCUCGCACGAUCCACGUCAACGACCCUCUGCCGCUGAGGUUCUCACCCACCCUUACUUCUGGGAUCCGAAUAAGCGCCUUAACUUCCUUCAAGACGCUUCGGAUCGGUUCGAGAUUAUGGAGAAAGAUCCCCCCAUGCCAGCACUCGUCUUGCUCGAGUCGAGAGCUCGCAAUGUGUUGGGAACGGAUUGGCACCGAAGAUGCGACAAAAUAUUCUUGGAGAACUUGGGCAAGUUCCGAAAGUACGAUCCUUCCUCGGUGCAGGAUCUGCUGCGUGCUAUGCGCAACAAGAAGCAUCAUUAUCAGGAUCUGCCACCGACGCUGAAGAAGAUUUUGGGACCGCUGCCGGAUGGGUAUCUGAUUUACUUUACAAGGAGGUUCCCGGAACUGUUCUUGCACGUUUAUAACACGAUCGUGGAGCAGCCUCUGAUCAGGACCGAGCCGGUGUUUAGGGAGUACUUCCACUGCGCGGAGCCUGAUCACUAG